AUGAAAGUGAAAGAAGGGGGGCCGGGGCCGGAUUGGAUUCUUAGGAUGCAGCACCGAGGCUUCCUCCUCCUCCUCGCCCUCCUCACCCUGCUGCUGGCGCUCACCUCGGCGGAGGCCAAAAAGAAAGACAAAGUGAAGAAGGGCGGCCCGGGCGGCGAGUGCGCCGAGUGGACCUGGGGGCCCUGCGCCCCGAGCAGCAAGGACUGCGGCGCGGGCUUCCGCGAGGGGACCUGCGGCGCCCAGACCCAGCGCCUGCGGUGCCGGGUGCCGUGCAACUGGAAGAAGGAGUUCGGAGCCGACUGCAAGUACAAGUUCGAGAGCUGGGGGGCGUGUGAUGGCAGCUCGGGCACCAAAGCCCGCCAGGGCACCCUGAAGAAGGCGCGGUACAAUGCCCAGUGCCAGGAGACCAUCCGCGUAACCAAGCCCUGCACCCCCAAGACCAAAGCCAAGGCCAAAGCCAAGAAAGGGAAAGGAAAGGACUAG